AUGGCCACCUCAGCGAGUUCCCACCUGAGCAAAGCUAUAAAGCAAAUGUACAUGAAGCUGCCUCAGGGUGAAAAGGUGCAGGCUAUGUACAUCUGGAUUGAUGGGACUGGGGAGAACCUGCGCUGUAAAACCCGGACGCUUGACCAAGAGCCCAAGAGCAUUGAAGAUCUACCUGAGUGGAACUUUGACGGCUCUAGCACCCUCCAGUCUGAGGGUUCAAACAGUGAUAUGUACCUUCUCCCUGCUGCCAUGUUCCGGGACCCUUUCCGCAAGGACCCCAACAAGCUGGUUCUUUGUGAGGUCUUCAAGUACAACCGCAAACCAGCAGAGUCAAACCUACGGCACACCUGUAAACGGAUUAUGGAUAUGGUGUCCAACCAGGUCCCCUGGUUUGGGAUGGAGCAAGAAUAUACUCUUCUUGGGACAGAUGGACAUCCAUUUGGUUGGCCUUCCAAUGGCUUCCCUGGGCCCCAGGGUCCAUAUUACUGCGGCGUAGGAGCAGACAAAGCCUAUGGCAGAGACAUUGUGGAAGCGCAUUAUCGUGCAUGUCUCUAUGCUGGUGUUAAAAUUGGAGGAACAAAUGCAGAAGUGAUGCCCGCACAGUGGGAAUUCCAGGUGGGCCCAUGCGAAGGGAUUGAGAUGGGGGAUCACCUCUGGAUUGCACGCUUCAUCCUACAUCGGGUGUGUGAAGACUUUGGGGUAAUUGUGUCCUUCGAUCCCAAACCCAUCUCUGGGAAUUGGAAUGGAGCCGGUUGCCACACCAACUUCAGCACCAAGUCCAUGAGGGAGGAAGGAGGCCUCAAGCAUAUAGAAGAGGCCAUUGAGAAGCUUAGCAAGCGGCACCAGUACCACAUCCGUGCUUACGACCCAAAAGGGGGGCUGGACAAUGCCAGGCGCCUGACGGGCUUCCACGAGACAUCCAGCAUCCAUGAAUUCUCUGCUGGCGUGGCCAACCGUGGGGCCAGUAUCCGUAUCCCCAGAAACGUGGGCCAAGAAAAGAAGGGCUACUUCGAGGACCGCCGGCCCUCUGCCAACUGCGACCCUUAUGCUGUGACGGAGGCACUAAUCCGUACGUGUCUUCUCAGCGAAACCGGGGAUGAGCCCUUUGAGUACAAGAACUAAGUGGACUGCCCCCCGACAGACACCACCUGCCCCCAAAUGUCUCUUCUAGAUGUAAUUCUGAGGGCACAAGUUACCACUUUGUUUGUGUCCCAGUAACUCUUGUGUUGGGGGAGGGAGCAUUUAGUUCUUGUCGAUGUCUCUUUGUUGAUGCUUGAGAGGAGGCGUGUGCGUUAGAGAAGAAUUUUAACCACUGUUUUGUCUAAUUCAUCUGUAUGUCUGACAGGACCCAGUGGCUUCCAUGGACACAGGGUGAUAGGCUGAAGGAAGGUGGAUGGACAAGAGGCUGUAGUGGGUUUUGCCCAAGAGAGUCUAACUCCCAUGAUAACAUACAUAACUAAACUCUCCAUAGACCAGUUGUCCUCGGAUUUGAGUUAUUCAGGGGAGAAAGGAGUAAAGCAGCUAUGAUAGAUUCUGACCCCUUUGCACACUUACACAUGGUGGGAAAUUUCCCUUCUCUGGCUUUGAUAAGACUUUUGGGCAUCUUCUUGCAUUCUACUGUCCCAGCUAAAUGUGGGAGCUGGUAGCAAAAUUCCUCCUUGCUCUGUCAUUGGAAGCCACUCGAUCUCCUGUGUAUAACACAGAGUGAAGUAGUAUUUUUUUUAUAUAUAUAUAUAUUUAAAUGUAAAAACAAAAAAAACCCUAUAUAUAAUUUUUUUUUUAAAAGAUGUUCCAAUAACUCAGCCAGCUAGAGCAGGCAGGGUUCCUGAAGGUACUGUUGGAGGUGGACCUCCAGCGUGGGCUAGAGAAGAGGGUAGAAUGGGGGGUGGGGGGGGUGUCCAGGAGGGAAGUUGACACUUUUUUUUUUUAAAUACUUUUGAAAUGUGGCUUUGCCAUUCCUGGCAGGACAUCGGUUCAGCACUUGGAAGCUAGCGGUAAAGAUCGUAACUUAAACUCGAGCUGAUGCAGGCGUGUGGCGUGGCUGAAACACAAGGAGGAUGUUCUAAAUUAUGAGUUGGCUGGUCAACUUAACUAUGUUAGCAAUGGGGCCAUGGGUGUUUUAUUUUCCCGUGGGAUUAGCAUGUCACUAAAGCAGGGCUUUUCAUAAAAAGAAACAACUUUUAGAUUUUAAUAAUAUUUUUAGGGUUUCUAAAGUUGUACAGUUUUACAGAGACCAUUGGUGUUAACUGUUGAUAUGUCUUGGCACGCAAACUACCUGCCACCUAGCCAGGACUACACUAAUGAGAGGGCUCUGUGCCACCCUGCCCUCCCCUCCCAGGCUGCCCCUAAGUUCUCUCAGGGGAAUGUCUAGUGGGUUCAAAAGUUCUGGGAUUUUGGAUGGUGCCAAUAUAGGCCAUUGCAUUUGGAUUUAUGAAUAGUUUCUUUUAUAAUAACAAAAAAAACUUAAUUCUGACUUCUUUCUCUCUGGUUUUAUUCAUCGGAAAUGUCAUGGUGUGGGCUCUUAGCUAUCUGGAGGGAGUUCAGCCUGGAUUUCCUCUCUCUCCUGGGAUAAGAUGGGGAAUCCUAGACACACAUGUUCAUUCUCUGGGCAAAAUGCCAUCCUUGGCCUGGAGGAACUCUUGGGAUUAUGGUUGCCAAUUUUGGUCAGAUGGAGGUUUCAUUACAUGACAUAAUCUUUAAUUCCUGGAGACUCCUGGACAAUCUAAGUAGGGGUGCCAACCCACCAUGGAUGAGCUGGGGAACUCAGACAUGGGAUCUUCAUGUAAAAAGCUGCCCCCCCCCCCCAAAUCUGAAGCCAUUCAGUUGUGUAAGAACACAUUUUUACAAAGUUGUUUGGCCAAAUUCAGCUCAUUAUGCCUGCAUCUGUGUACCUGAAAUGGGGCUGUGACCUGCUAUUGUUCACAUUAGUUUUCCUCCAGUUGUCUGCCCCUGAAAGAUUCCAACUCAAACCCCCUUCUCUUCAGAAGAGGUUAAUGCAGGAACCUGUAGCUAGUACUAAUGACUUGCCUCAUAAAAUUUUCUAAACAAAAGGCCUAAGUGGUGUUGACUACCUGCAAAUCCUGCGUGUUUCACUUGGGAGCAGGGUCACUGUGAUAAAGAAUUAAUCACACAUUUCCUAAUGCAAGAGUCAGACUCCUAGCAGGGGUUUUUCAAAAAUACUCCAUGUUAGCCUUCCUCUGCUCCCAUCUUGGGCGUUUUACUGUUGACUUCUGUGGAAACUGCUAAGCCAAGGGCAAGCGCUUUUGUGUAUCCCACACAUAAUCUUCCUAGACAAAUGUUUAUCAUUCUUAGCUUCCCACGCUACUUGAGA